AUGGUUUCGGGUUUUGGAUUACUGGAAAGUGGACGUGUUUCAUCUAAAGAUGAAGUAAAUAUAAUGGUUAAAAAUAUUGUUGAUGUUGUUUUUGGUGGUCUUUCUUAUUGGAUGUUUGGUUUUGGUUUUACUUAUGGAAAAGACUUCCCAAAUCCUUAUAUUGGUAAAUUAAUUUUUGGGGAAUUUUAG